AUGAUACCAUUUCUAAAUGGCACCAGCCUAACUCCACCUUCAUUCAUCCUCAAUGGCAUUCCUGGUCUGGAAGAAGUGCAUUUGUGGAUAUCCUUCCCGCUGUGCACUAUGUAUGGAAUUGCUAUCACAGGUAACUUUGGCCUUAUAUACCUCAUCUACUCUGAAGAGGCCCUACACAGACCUAUGUACAUCUUUUUAGCCUUGCUUUCCUUCACAGAUGUGCUCAUGUGCACCAGCACUCUUCCCAACACCCUCUGCAUAUUGUGGUUCAACCUCAAGGAGAUUGAUUUUAAGGCCUGCCUGGCCCAGAUGUUCUUUGUCCACACCUUCACAGGCAUGGAGUCUGGGGUACUCAUGCUCAUGGCCCUGGAUCGCUAUGUGGCCAUCUGCUACCCCUUGCGCUAUGCCACUAUCCUCACUAAUUCAGUCAUUGCCAGGGCUGGACUCCUCACUUUUCUUAGAGGUGUGAUGCUUGUUAUCCCUUUCACUUUCCUCACCAAGCGCCUGCCAUACUGCAGGGGUAAUGUCAUACCCCACACCUACUGUGACCACAUGUCUGUUGCCAAGAUAUCCUGUGGUAAUGUCAAGGUCAAUGCCAUCUAUGGUCUGAUGGUUGCCCUCCUGAUUGGGGGCUUCGACAUCUUGUGCAUCACCAUCUCCUAUACUAUGAUUCUUAGAGCUGUUGUGAGUCUGUCAUCUGCAGAAGCUCGACAGAAGGCCUUCAGCACCUGCACAGCCCACAUCUGUGCCAUCGUCAUCACCUAUGUCCCAGCUUUCUUCACCUUCUUUACACACCGCUUUGGUGGACACACCAUCCCUCCCCACAUACACAUUAUUAUGGCUAAUCUCUAUCUACUCAUGCCUCCCACAAUGAAUCCUAUUGUGUAUGGGGUGAAAACCAAGCAGAUACGAGAAAGUGUCAUUAGGGUCUUGCUUAAGGGAAAAGAAAAGAAUCCUCACAAGAUUUAA